CACUCCCUCUCAGUGUCGGAGGGAACGGAAGAGCACAUUUUUCUGUGCUGUUUAAAGAGUAUGUUCACAGUGGAGAAUGGCGGACGUCACAAUUGAGGAGCUGCAGUGUGAGCUUACCUGCCCGGUGUGUCUGGAGCUGUUCAGGGAUCCGGUCAUCCUCGAGUGCGGACACCACUUCUGCCAAGUUUGCAUACUUCAGUGCUGGGAGGUCAAAGCCGACGAGUUGUCGAGUUGCCCAAAGUGUAGAAAGUCGAGCGGCGGUAAACUGCGACCCAACUCGCUAUUGUGCAACGUGGUGGACAGUGUGCGCAGAGCCCGGUGCAUGGACACGGCCGCGGGGAUAACAGGGUGGGACUCAGGGGGUCCGCUGGAGGAGCCGGAGGAGCGCGAGCCAGGGUCCAGCAUGAGCAGCCUGGCCUCCUCCACCGGGCACUGGCCGCGCCUGGGUAUGGAUAUGUGCGAGGAGCAUGAGGAGAAGCUGAAGCUCUACUGUGAGGACGACCAGCUUCCCAUCUGCCUGGUUUGCGGCAUGUCCAGGGACCACAAGACCCACAAUGUCAUCCCCAUUACAGAGGCCUUUGAGAACUACAAGGAUAAGCUGUCUAUCGCUCUGGAAAGGGUUGAGCUGCAAACAGAGGAAGCCACGCUCUUCCAACGCCAGACCAAUGAAAAGAUCCUUCUCAUUAAGGAGCGAGCAGGAGAUCUAGAGGAGAUGGUCACCACAGAGUUUUGCCGUCUGAGGGAGUUCCUGCUUGAGGAAGAGGAGCGCAUAAAGGAGAAACUUCAGAAGCAAAAAGAGGAAAAACUCAACCAACUGGAGGAGGCGCUCACUGAGACCACAGAGCAAAUCAGCCAAAUGGAAAAUAUAGCCGACGAGCUUCGCCUCAAACUGACAGAAGAAGAAAACCCUGAGCAACUCAAGGGAAUCAAAGACUUCAUUGGAGGGGCUCAGAGCUUUUUUGAGCGGCCCCCAGAGGUAGCUGUGGAUCUGCAGUCAGGAGAGUUCCUGGGACCUUUGCAGUACAGGACCUGGAGGAAAAUGAGCUCCAUUUUUCAGCCAGCUAUCACAGCGGUGACCCUUGACCCGAACACAGCAUACCCCUGCCUGUGGGUGUCCCCGUGUUGCACCAGUGUCCAGGUGGGGAAAAUCCAGAUCAACCUGCCCAACAAUCCAGAGCGUUUCACCCGCUACAACAUCGUCCUGGGCUCUGAAGCCUUCUCCUCUGGGAGACACUACUGGGAGGUUGAGGUGGGAACCAAGACAGCGUGGGGUCUGGGUGUGGCCACCGCCUCUGUCAACAGGAAGGAUGAGAUCAGCCUCUGCCCAGAUGAUGGCUUCUGGACCUUAGUGCUGAGGGAUAACGGUGACAGCACCAGCGAGUAUGAGGCAUGCACUGACUCAGAGGAGAGCAUGAUAUAUCCCUCCAAACCCCCCAGCAGAGUAGGGGUCUAUCUGGACUAUAGUUCUGGUGAUGUUGGGUUUUAUGAUGCAGGAAACAUGACCCACCUCUUCACGUUCUAUAAUGCAAAAUUCAAAGAGCCUGUUUUCCCAUAUUUUAAUCCCUGGCCAAUUAUCAACGGACACAACAGGGAGCCUCUCACCAUAGUUACACCACACUGGGGAUAGAUUUUCCCUUCAUCACAGAACAGAUCCAGAAUAAAACUGCAGGAGAAAAUUCAGUAGCUAUUGAACUCAGAUGGACUCCUCUCAGUGUGAUCACUCUGCUGUAUAAAUGAUGUGAUGGACAUGUAAGUAACCCUACAACUUUAGACUUUAAAAGAGAAGAUGAAACUACUCAAGGACAAGACAAGUGACACUUUCGAAACACAUGGCUGUUGAUAUUCUAUUUUUCUUAUAGUCAACUAAUCCAAUGAAAAGAUGUUUAAUCUCAAAUGUCUGGAUGGGCCUUCACUACGCGCCCCGGCAGGUUUCCACCUGGCACCCUACAGUUCAUACCAACAAUUCUCAGAUUGUCUGUUUGAUGUUAUCAGGUUCCCUUCUAUCAGUGAGUUUAAAUCUAAAAUAUUGCGAAAUAGCUGUUUUCGCUUUGACAUCAAAAUCCUCCGCCCUCCGGUUUCUCAACUCUCUGUGAUAAAUAAAAUGCACCCCCGCUGGUCUGAGCUGCAAAGCUGCUGCUGUGAGGAUCAGGCACUUUUAAUUUGUUGUUACAGUGUCCACCAAUUUGUCUAAGAAUGUGGUUUUGUUUCGAUAAAAAAAGUCAAAAAGAGAGUGGGGGAAGUUGGCAAGUAAUUUAAUCAUUGUAUGCCAGAAGACAGUUUUACGGGAAACACUGACUAUGAUGGCAAGCCUACUAACAAAUACUGUCUGUGUAGCCAAAGACGGAUAUAUUUUGUAUCUCUAUGCCAUGGAAAGUUCAUUGUAUUUGAAAUGGCGAUGCCAUUAGGCAGUUCCAUCAACCUCAUGGUAUGAUUACUGCCCUGAUUCAUUGUCCGCUGUGAGACCUUAGAUAGGUGUGCUUUUCCACGUCAUGUUUUAUCAGGGGCAAAGACUACAACUGACUCCAAUCCGGCCUUUGAAACCUCUUAAAGACGAUUAAGAGAAAUGAGGGACGCCUGAGAUACAUUUUAAGUGCCAUAGCAAAGGGUCUCCUUAUGUCAAUGCCAUAGUUUACUUUUUUUGCUUGUUGAACCCUGUUUUCACUUUGUCAGUACUAGGUAUUAAGAAAAAAUGAUUUCACAUAUGAGUUAUCAUGUGACAGCUAGCAGGUGCUCAAAGAUAUACACAAUGCAAUUUGGAUACUGAAUGGUUUUGUGAAAGAACAUUUCUAAAUUGUAUCAACAGAUGAUGCUCAAUAUUUUACUGUUUGUUUUGAAACGAUAUCAAUAUAUUUUGAAACAGGUGUAGCUGUCAUGUAUCCAAUCAUGUUAUUCUAAUAACAUAUAGUGUGACAAAUGAUUAUUCAGAAAGUGUUUUGGAAGUUUUGAGUAAGGAAAACACGGUCAAAAUAUUUGUUCUUCAAUUUUAAUAAUUUGAUUACAUGUUGUUUCAGUUAAUUUCACCAGAGGGCGCCCUCACCUAACUUUGGAGGCAGCACUUUUGUGGUCUUUAUAAUACAACUUAAAAAUAAAGAAUUAGGUAACAUCUCA